AUGAGGUUCCUGUGGCUUCUGUUCUUCUUCCUGUGCCUCCCUGUCCUGCCCAGCACUGAGGCCAAACGCCAGAGCUCCGACAACAAGAUGUCGCAGCCCCCACCACCACCAGCGGCAGGAAAGAAGCCCAAGAACUCUGUCCCCAGCUCAGGAGGGUUCAGCACAAAGGUUGGCCACAACUGUACCUGGGAUACGUCCGGGGAGGGCGUAGUGAACUUGCUUGUCAGCUGUAGAUCCGAGGAGCAGACCUACUGGUGCCGCUACGCUGGACAGCCAGACCUGUGCCAAGCCUACAGUGACAGGAAAGCACAGGUCAGGCAUUGGAAACAAUUGGUGGGCAAGCUGAAGAAGAAGAGGAGUGCGUGCGAUGGUGAAAAGGUGCUAAAGACCCGCUCAUGCAAGGCCCCCAUGGAGUCGCACAUGAAGCUCAAAGAGAAGGGGAAAGGCGGAGGCAAGAAGGAUCCAGUGCCCCUGGUUCCGGAAAUGGUAGAGAAGGAGGAGAAGAAAGAGGAGAAGAAAGAGGAUAGGACUCCGUUGUUAGAGGAGAGGGAUGGGGAGGUGAACGACAUGGAGCCAGUGGAGAAUUAUUGUGCCGAGGGAUGGCAUUCUGUCUGCUCAUUCUUUGUAAGUUUCUUUGAAGGUUAA